AUGGUGCACGCCCUAAAUGGACAUUGCCCGGUCCCGUUCUUGCAGGAGACGCUAUUCCCCACCGUCGGGGGAUUUAUCGAUGGCCGCUACUGCAAGCAGGUGACUCUCGGCAACAGCACUUAUUCCUGUUGCUUGCCAUGUCCUCUCGCCGAGUGGAGAUAUGACACUGACUUGGCCGAUAAAAUCAGCGUCACGAGUUGGAUCAGCGUCGCCAUUCUCCCUCUUUGUAUCUUUUUGCUGGUUUCCUACGCUGUACUACCUGCCAAAUGGACGCACCGCCAUUAUUUGAGCAUUUGCUUUACGCUGGGCAUUUGUUGCAUGGAGCUCGCCUUCAUCAUUCCCCUCGGCGCCAAACCAGACCAAUGCUAUAAUUCAAUCACCCCCAAUGACAUGCGCUCCGAUCUUUCCUGCGCCUUUUCUGGAUCCUUGUUGUUAUUCGGAGGCUGGGUAGUGGUAAUAUGGAGUUUCAUCCGUACACUCGCCUUCCACCUGCAAGUAUGCUGGGAAAGAGUCCUAGGACUGAAGUUCAUGUGGACAGCCCUUGUCUGUGGAUUCGGAAUCCCAGCAAUUGGACUGACAAUUAUGCUGGUCCUAACUGGAGUAUCGUUCCGAUUCGGCAAUGUCUGCCACAUCAACGUAACCAACGGACUCUACGACUACUGGAUCCCAAUCAUGAUCAUCGCCGCCGCAUCUCUCUUCCUCCAACUAUCAACAAUGAUCUACUGCACUCAUAUCUACCUCCGCUCUCUUUUCGACAAAUCGGCCUCAACAUCAGGCAGCUCCGGCGCAAACCUUCCCUCCUACUCAGCCAGCAUCGGCACCGUAACAGCCCGACAGGCCUACCGGCGCGUACGCCGCGUCCUUAAACUCCAAUGGCGCGGCAUCGCCCUCACAUCAAUCAUCCUCGGCAACGUCAUCUUCUUCGCAGUCAUCUUCAUCGGCCUCGAUAAUGCCGUCGCGCCAACGGCAGAAAACGUCAAAAUCGCAGGCCCCUGGCUAAUGUGCCUCGCCGAAACCGGCGAUAAGAAUCUCUGCGGCGAAUACGCCGCAGCCAUCGGCCCCAACGAAGCAACCUUACUAGCAGUCGUGUUCCUGCUCUCCCUCGUCGGCUUCUGGAACUUCAUCCUCUUCGCCCGUCCAUCCAUGUUCGCCGGCUGGCUGGAUCUUUUCCACCGCAAAGUGACACACCGCAACGAGUUUGUCUCUGUGGAUGCAAACACCCGCUUCGCUGACAACAAGGGCUUCGAAAUGCUGACUACAUCUGUGAAAUCACCCGAUACGUUCAUGCGAUCGCCAAGCCCGUCCCGAAUAGGCAAGCCUGACCGCAGCGCUUUCAUGCGCUCACCGAGCCCUACACAAAUGGGAAGUAACGCUCCCAUGCCCUCGAGCCCUACACAGACUGGAUACGGCCGCAGUCCGAUCAGCCCCAGCCCCAGCUCCGAGCGCAAUAUGCAUGUCGCUCGCGAGGCCCGCUAUGUGCGUCCCUCGUUGAGCUUUUCCGGGCCUAGGCCACCUAGUGCGCGCGAGUGGGAUCCCAAGUCUUCGUUUGCGCCUGCGUACGGGCAAGACCGAGUGUAA